CCCGCCAUUAAAGCCGAGAAGAAGAAGAAGAAGAAGAAACAGAAGAAGAAACCCUUACAUUAGCUUGUUUACCGGUUUAGCAGCUAAUAAAAGUGUUUUUGGUGUCGCUGGUCACACAUGGAGGAUAUGUACGUCAAACCCGGUAACCAGGAGCGAGGAUGGAAUGAUCCUCCUCAGUUCUCCUAUGGCUUCCAGAAGGCUGGUGGACCACUGAGGAACCUUGUGAACAAGAGGCCAGCGCUGCCUGAUGUGGCAGCCCCACCCAGGACAUCUCAGUCCAGCCCUCCAGGUGCACCCCCUUGUGGAGCAGCCCCGCCUCCUCCUGCGGCCCGCCUCACAGGCUGGAAGGCCACGCCUCUUGCUGCUCCAGGGCCAGUGAGCGUCCAGGGGAACCACGACGGCGGCCAAUCAGAGGGUGAGCCUGACCUGGAGGGCGUGGUGGAGGUUCUGGAGCAAGCGCUGGCCGCAUGCAGACGUGAAGUCCCACCUCAGGUGUGCAGUGACAUGGGAAAGAGACUCCGCCUCUUUCAGCACAGUUGGACGUCCCAUCCACUGAGUCCCGCUGUGAGGAGACGCAUGAGGACCUUGUCUCAAGAGCUGCAGGCCGGUAGGUGGGACCAGGCCGAUGAGAUCCAUCGCUCUCUGAUGGUGGAUCACGUGGCGGAGGUCAGCCAGUGGAUGGUCGGUGUGAAACGCCUCAUUGCUGAGACCAGAAAACUUAGUCCAGAACUCUUAGACUGUUUUAAGAACUCUGAUGAAGCGGUGCAGGACUCUUUGCCUCUGGAUGCGGAAUGAUGCUUUGCUUCGGUGCUGAUGUGGCAUUCUUGGCCAGUUUGAAAAGGUGUCGGUUGCCACGGCGGCAGGAAGUCCGAGUCUGCUUUUGUGUGGAUUGUUCAGUUGUCAGACACUAAAAGGACAUUUUCCAAAAUAAAGAGGUUUGUCGUGCA